AUGGAGACCGAAGUGAGACAGUUAAAGGAUCAUCAACAAACGCGCGAAGAGUUGCUCAAUCGCGUGCACGCGCUGAAGACAGAACUUCAGGAUUGGCGGUAUAAGAUGGAUAAUCAGGUGAAGAAUUACAAGGGCGAGUUGGCGAGUCUCAAGGAGACGUUGUCGAGCGAAGUGCAAGCGCUGAGGAAAGAAUUAGAAGAGACGAGCGAUCGGUUGAAGCGGUCGAUCGUGAGCACAAGUAGCGUGAGUACCGGACAUUCACCGGGAUUGCAUCGAUUACCGCCGCCGUGA